AUGACUUAUCCUGACGCUUAUCCCGACCCUGCAUACGUGGUCACAGCAAUUACCGAGUUAACACCAAUUUCCUCUCCUUGGGGCAUUCAAGAUGCUGCAACGGUUUUCUUUGAUUAUAAUGGACUCGCUCUCAUAACAGAUGGUUGUUCGCAAGAGGGAAUGAAGAAUUGUAGUGCCACUUGCUCUGAUGUCAACAAAGUCUUUGCAUCUCCCAGUAACUUUCAGAAUUGUCUUGCAUAUCCGAGCAUACUGCAGCACGUGUCUAGUGGGAAUGCAACAGAAGCCGAAAGCAAUGUUGCUCAGAGAUACGCCAUCGAUGCGACUCAAACGAACGUUACCAGACUUGUAGGCAGCUGUUUUUCGGGGUACCAGAAUGCCUGCCUGUCGGACCCCCGUUGCCAAUGUUACCUGGAUCUUGAUUUUGUUAACAGCGAAUGCGGCUGGACACACAUCUUGAAAGGCAAUGAUAUAUUCCCCUUGACGUAUCCGUAUCCGAACGGGACAGUCCUUCAAUGCUUCCAUGCCUUGUGCAUUUCCGUUGACAUAACAGUGAACCAGGAUCUAGGAUGUGGUGUAGGGGUAUACAUAUCGUAUCACAUGCAGGCUGUGCUAUCUCUGGCUAUCUUCAUCUCCAGAGUACAGACGAGCGAGCGUCUCAUCAUCGAAUUCCAAACACAAUGCUACUUCAUGUCAGCUAUUCAAAUCGCGUCUAUCGUAGUAAUGGAAGCAGGUCUACUGGGCUCAACGAACUUACAGCAACUGUCGAAUAAUUACAAUCUCAUCAUCGUAGUCUGUCUUGGGGGCACACUACCUAUCACGUUCGUUCUCUUUUGCUUACGAGCAGCAGACAAAAAGUCAUGGGAGCUAUCGUAG